CCUUGGAUGGUUAGCACACGUCUACUAUGGCAGAUUAUGUUUUUGAUUCUCUGCUUUUAUGGAAUGGACGUCGUCUAUUGUAAUACGCGGUAUUCUAUCCCGGAGGAAAUGCCAGAGGGAUCAUUUGUUUGCAACAUCGCCAAGGACCUGGGGAUAGAGAUAAGUAGACUCAUAUCUGGAAAAGCUCGCGUUGUAACAAAGGGCGGCAGACAGUACGUUGACUUGAGCAGAGACAAAGGCACUCUUGUUAUAAAAGAAAGGAUUGAUCGCGAGGAGCUCUGUAAGCAAACAACGCCUUGCAGCUUCAGUUUUGAUCUUAUAGUGGAAAACCCUAUUCAACUGCAUCGGGUCACAGUUGAGGUGCAAGAUAUUAACGACAAUGCUCCAUUAUUUCCAAAGGAAUAUGUUAAUCUGAGUAUAGCUGAAAACGCAGUCUUGGGAGCGCGCUUCCCUUUGGAUAGCGCUAUAGAUACAGAUGUAGGCCUAAAUGGUAUACAAAGCUAUGAAUUACAUCCAACUGAUAAAUUUAAACUGGAUGUGCAUAACCAGAACGAUGGUAGCAAAUACAUUGAGAUGGUUUUACAGCGAGAGCUGGAUCGGGAGGAACUCGAUGAGAUAAAGCUGGUUCUAGUUGCAACCGAUGGUGGUUCACCUCAAAAAUCAGGCACUGUAAGAAUUAAUGUUAGUGUGCUUGAUGUUAAUGAUAAUGCCCCCGUAUGUAAACAGCCUGUUUUCAAAAUUGAAGUCAGUGAAUAUUCUCCCUCGGGUACUGUCAUUGGUACUGUUAACGCUAAUGAUGCAGAUGAUGGUGUAAACGGCCUUGUUACAUAUUCUUUCGCCCUUGCAAACAAAGAAGCAAAGGAGCUUUUUGAGAUAAACUCAAACACGGGAGAGAUUACGCUUCUUGCGAAUUUAGAUUAUGAGUCUCAAAACAGUCAUCAAUUAAAAAUUAACGCGAGGGAUAAAGGAGCCCUCUCGGAUACUUGUAAAAUUGUCAUAGAUGUUAUUGAUGAAAAUGAUAAUACACUAAAUGAUAACUCUCCAUCCAUACAACUAAUGUCCUUUACAAACACUAUUCCUGAAAAUGCUCCAGUAGGAACAACUAUAGCUGUGAUAAACUUAGAAGAUGCAGAUUCGGGUAAAAAUGGCAUUGUUGAAUGUUCGGUAAAUGAAAACAUCCCGUUUAAAAUUGAGUCAUCUUUCACUGACUAUUACAGUUUAAUUACUGAUGAUAUACUCGAUAGAGAAAGUCUAGCUGAAUAUAACAUAACAAUACUGGUAUUAGACCAGGGAACCCCAGCACGUCAAGCUAACAAAACUGUUACUGUGAAAAUUUCCGAUGUGAAUGAUAACCCGCCUAAAUUUAAUUCUGAGGAAUAUAAAACAUUUGUUAGCGAAAAUAACUUUCCUGGCCUGUUUAUACUGACCGUUAAAGCGCAUGACGCGGAUUGGGGUCGAAAUGCACAAAUAUCCUAUUUUUUAAAUGGCGAAGACGUGCACGUCGCACAGCUAGGAUCUUUGGUAUCAAUUAAUUCAGAAACUGGUGCCAUUCAGGCAGUAAAAUCUUUUGAUUUUGAACAGUUUAAUUUUUUCGUUUUUAACGUGACAGCUCGAGAUGGAGGGUCCCCACCCUUAAGUUCUGAAGUGACAAUAACCAUUAAUAUUCAGGAUCAAAAUGACAACGCUCCUCAGAUUCUGUACCCUGUACAAACUGGUGGUUCUGUGGUGGCUGAGAUUGUGCCUCGUUCUGCAGAUGUUGGUUAUCUCGUCACUAAAGUGGUGGCUGUUGAUGUGGACUUUGGACAGAAUGCCUGGCUCUCAUAUAAACUACAGAAAGUUACAGACAGAGCGCUGUUUGAAGUGGGUUUACAGAAUGGAGAAAUAAGAACGGCGCGACAGGUGACUGAUAAAGAUGCUGUGAAACAAAAACUUACUGUUGUUGUUGAAGAUUACGGACAGCCCUCACGCUCAGCUGUGGUCACCAUUAAUGUGGCUGUGGCGGAUAAUUUUCCUGAAGUGCUUUCUGAAUUUACAGACUUUGGGCAUACCAAAGAAUAUGGCGACAGCCUGACUUUUUAUUUAGUUCUUGCACUUGCUGCCGUUUCUUUCCUAUUAAUAACUUGUGUGGUUGUCAUAAUAUCAGUUAAGAUCUACAGAUGGAGGCAGUCUCGCUUCUAUCAGUCAAAUCUUCCCGUUAUUCCGUACUAUCCAUCGCAUUACGCGGACACAGGAUUAACUGGAACUCUUCCACCCGGAUAUAAUUAUGAAGUUUGCAUGACCACUGACUCGAGGAGAAGUGAUUGUAAGUUUUCUACACUCAGUGGUCAGAGUGUUUUAGUGAUGGACCCGUGUUUUUCUGAGACAAUGCAGCACACAAUAAAGGACAAGAAUUUCUUAGGAAAUCCUGAGGUCCCUGAAAUGAGAAAUUAA